AUGCCAAUCAACCCAGAGAUCUUCGCUAUCGGCCAAGAAGCCCUUGAACAAUGGAGUGCCAACAAACUCUACGUCCGCCGCACGCCUCUCAUCCCAGCCAAAGUCGUCAGUAGAAAAUACGGUUCAAAACUUUGGUUCAAACUUGAUCACACUCAGUUCACUGGUUCUUACCACUUCCGAGGCGCCAUAGCAAGAAUGAAGAACAAUCCUACCAAAAAGCCAUUCGUGACAGCGUCGACGGGGAAUCAUGCCAUGGGUGCUGCUCUUGCGGCGCAUGCAUUAGGAACCAAAGUCACUAUUGUCAUGCCAAUGGCUGUUGAGAAACAUCUGCUUGAGAAGGUGAUGCAGUACGGUCCUGAGAUUGUGCGAUAUGGACAUGAUCUUAACGAAGCGAGGGCCUUUGCGAAAGACCUUGCUAAAAGAUCGGGCCAUAUUUACUUCUCACCCUGCGAUGACAUGAUGGUUCUCGCAGGUCUAGGCACCGUCUGCGUCGAAGUCCUCCAACAAUUCGAAGCCUACGAGAGGGAUAUCCACCAUAUCUUCGCGCCCAUGAGUGACAUUGCACUCAUAAGCGCCAUAGGCUGCUUCGCCACAGAUGCAAAAAGGCAAGCUGGCGAUUUACGACCCAAAGUCAAAGUUUGGGGCGUUACAGCACUAAACUCAAUGACACUUGCAGCUUCACUAUCUGCUGGAUUCCCCAUCGAGACGGAAACAUCGCCUACGCUUGCUGCGUGCGAAUCAGAUAAGGAUGUUGUACGGCAUGGGAUUGACUUCCGGUCGGCGAGGGCGACUGUUAAUCAUGUUGUAACGUGUACGGAAGCAGAGAUCUUGAUGGCGUUGAGACAGCUUCAUUUGCAGGAGAAGCAUUGCGGACAAGGUUAA